AUGCAGGUCUCGGAGUUGGACGACAAUGGGCAGAUGAUGUGGCCAACUCCGAGAAUGCAGCAGUGGUGCACCAGCAAGUGUCCUUACACAUCUACUGAGCCAUGGACCUCGCAUUCAUAUUUGCAGGUUUUGGAACGUUCUGAAGUUGAACGAUUGCAGCAGGAGCGCAAGGCCCUCAACGAGGUAGGUCUGCUCAUGUCGUCAACGCAUCGGAGGUGUAUUGGUGUUGUCCUUUGUUGCUGUUCCUUUGCAGCGAGUUUCCUCAAUGUCUCCCGCCCUUACCAGAACAAGGGUGCUGUACGGCCAUCUGCCAAUACAUGAGCACGUGGGGUGAGCUCUCUACAUUGACGUGCAUCUCAUUGACGCACCGGCCAUCUGUGGCCGUUUAUCUUUCAGGACAUAGCAACAACAAUAUUCUCCAACAUACUGUCUUGCCUGAUUGCCUGGCAAGACAGUCACGGUACAAGACACAGUCUUUUUGUCACUUGCAGCGUAACUUUUUGCUUCUCACGUCUUUCUACAUGCGUUCGCAGGUCCAUCACCUGCUCAAAGACUGCAAUACCGAGGAGGGGUGGCGGAUUCUAGUUAUAUUGCCAACAGUCGUUGCCACCGACGAGGCCGCCAAGUAUUAGCGAUCCAUUCAUCCUUAGACGAGAUCCAGGUUCCAUGGUUGAUGUCUGUCGUGCAGGAAAAUAAAUAGGCCGAGGCGUGGGUGCCUGGGGGAGGAGGUGGGGAUCGUGACCGGAGAGGGGCGGCUUUGUGACAGAAAAAAGUUUGGCAGAUGCGAGUCUGACUUUAUUUUUUCCACAGCGGGUAAGACGAUUCUGCCUCACACGCGAUCGCAGUGCUGCAUCUCAGACUGCCGUAUCUCCUGCAUCUUCAGGAUCUGCCCUCACUAUCCUGUCAUCAAGUCCGAAAACGAAGUGGAUUUGUCUGCUAGAUGAAGCUCAUGUGACGGACAUGGACACUGAGGCAUGUAUGGUAAGAUGGCGUCUCUCUUUCAAGCUCUCUAGUCAAGUCUCUUUGCUUUAAUUCAGACAAAACUAAAACAAAUGUAUGACGACGCCCAGUGUCCGUGUCGGGUUGUGUUGAUAUCCGCAACGCUCGCCAAGGGUACAAAACAAAUGAGUCGCUCUCUUUGCCGACACCAUUGCUAACAUAUGUGAUGCAGACAAACUCAUAAAAUACUUCUGCGGCACACACCUAGAGGUACCUUAGCCGAUCUCUGCAGAUCACACGCACAACUGCAUAAUGCACGUCUUUCGCUGGCUGCUUUCGGCUGCAGCGUUGCGGACUGAAGGAAUUUCAUGGACGGUCUGCCAGGAUCGACACCCGGUAUCUGACCGACGAGCUUCUCGACGAGCUCCUGCCCGACGUAAGCACAACAACAGCUGAAACACAACGUUGACACGACAGAUGAUAUGUCAUAAGUGAGGCAUUGUCCUGUGAAUGCAUUUCGUUCAGUUGGGGUUGAGUAUGGACAAAUUCACCUUCAACAUCAACAACCCCACCCUAGUCGCGGCGGAGCUCCCGAAUCAAAUCAAGGUGUCGAUCCACGAGGUUGCAGCUCUCUUAUGUGGUGAGUCAAUCGCGCUCAAAAAAACAAGGGAGCUAUACGACGAAAUGCCAAUACAUGUAGCGCUCUCUACAGUGCUUUUUGAUGGCACAAUUUCCUCAUUAUUCUGUUUCACACAGGAGAUCGUCGAGAAGGUGUUCACGAACAAACUGACAACGAUCGAAGCCCCAACGGGGAGUGGAAAAGCAUUGACGGUCGGAUGUACUCUACAAGUGCAGGAAAUAAAAGACGCUGGACCACUCUUCACGGAGCCACGGGAGGGAGCUGGGUUAACUUAUUUGAGGAAUGUAAGCUAUUGACACACUGUGAGACGAAACAAUUAGCGAGAGCCCUUGUUGCCUAUUUCAGGUUAUGCAUGGACUUCCAUGUUUGCCAGAAGGGGCCGUCCUUGUAUUCUAUGGACAAAGUCACCAGCACUGGCACUACCGAGACAUCAUUGACAAAGCUCUGUCAGCACAUCUAUUAUGUGUGCUCUUCAGGAGCUUUAUUUGGUGCAUGUAUGGAGGCCCUUCUGGCUGCGUCUAUUGCAGAGACGCCAAGAAUUAUCAUACUAUCCGAUGGGUGAGGAAAAAUAGCGGAGCUGCCGGUGAUGGUAUGACGUGAGGCUUGCUUGCUGUGAUUGCUGUGCCAGAGCUUUCAAGUCCCCAAGCACAUAUGCUCGCCACUGGAGGCCAAGGGGCUUUUCAUGUUUCGUAAGCCGAGGGCAAGCUACAUUGAAUGUGUGCAUCUCCGUCCUGUUUCUGCGUCUGUGUGGUUUAUAGAUGUGUGAUGUGACACGAGAGGUAUUUGCAUUUAGGGCUUUAUUGCAACACUACAACAAGGAUGACCUUUCCUUCAUUCUGGUAGACUACACUUUGACCACAUUCGAAGGCUGCUCCUCUGUCUAUAUCUCUGUGUCACGCGCAGACGUCAGCAGCUGGGGGUGGUCUGUCAAGGAAGUGCACGCCAAUGGGGCUCGACUAUUUGUCUGUGAGGGCGGCUGCGCGGGUAAGCGAGUCAAUGCAUAGCAGUUUCGGCUUUCCCUCAUUGUUCUUUGUUGCCAGGUGUACACUCGGCUCCUGAAGCGCCUUCCUCGUCUCAGACUGCUCCAUGCAGGGUGAGACACACAAUGACACGAUAAGCUUGAAGCAGAGAAGUGAGCCUUGUGUAUGUCUAUAGCAAGAAGCCGAGUAGCUGUCUGAAUAGCAUAGGGGGCCUGAAGCAGUGGAAGGCGACUCUAGCCGCAGGUGAGAGCAUAAACAAUUGGCUAGAGUCGCCUUCUAGUAACUGUCGUUUCACUCUUAUUUCGCAGCAUAUGGGCAGGCCCCAAUAAUGCAGUCGCUCCUGGAGGGAGCAUGGGAGUGCCCUGUUGGCGAAGGUGUGUAUUGACGAUGGAUACACGCACUCAUGCACACGUGUCUCUUGGUGUCUCGUCUCAUUCAGGACUACCCAUUCUGAUAGACGACAAGCAGUCGGGGCUCUCCCUUCCUACAAGUGGCUCAAUAGAGGACAGGAUGAGGGCGCCAGUCUGUUUUCUUUCGGCGCGGUGGGCACACACACAGGCCAAGCGCACUUACAUGACCCGACAAACAAGGGCUGACGUGUUUUGCUGUACUCAGCCGGAAGAUAACGAGAGAGGGAGAUUUUAUGCAUGAUCGACUGACAAGAAUAACAACCGCUGAGUAAGUCAAAAAACACCGCGCUGUUCUGUUUGCAAGCAACAAGACGGCUUGUCUUUCAGGGAAUGGGGGAUGUUUGAGUAUUUCACCACAGUCGGUUGCCGCCACGGCCAGUGGCUAAUCUAA